GGUGAGGGGCAUCCCCUUGGGCUGUGGCAAGGCAAGGUCUAGAACCUCCGGCCCUGAGCUGGACGGAGCCGGCUCCGCUCGCCUCGCACCAGGACGUCCGGUGUGGUGGUGGCAGCGAGCAGCAAAAGCAGCAAGAGCUCGUUUUGAUUCCCCCCCUUCCAAGGUGCUUUGGAGAGACUGGUUUCAGGCUGAGCAGCAGAAGUCACGAUGAGUGCACAAGGUGAGGGACCCGGUCAGCCUUCCACUGCUGCCCAGGAGCAACCUGCAACCGCAGAGCCUCAGAAGAGAGGACGAGGCAGACCCAGGAAACAACCACAAGAACCAACUGGUGAACCAUCUCCUAAAAGACCAAGAGGAAGACCCAAAGGAAGCAAAAACAAGAGUCCCUCUAAAGCAGCUCAGAAGAAAGCAGAAGCCACUGGUGAAAAGCGACCUAGAGGCCGGCCCAGAAAAUGGCUUCAAGAGGAGGGCUGGAGAAUGCUUCUCAUCCAGGAAAACACAGGAGCUUGUGAUUUGGACACUUAUAUAGAAGGUGUGGGUUUAAAUCUUCAUCACAUUUGCUAAUCGAUAGACUCCCUGUGAACAGUCUUUCUCAGAGAUGCUGAUGUCCAGGCUGGACCUGAGCACUGUGAAUGGUGCUAUGCUCUGUCCAGGUAAUUCAUAGCUCUGAAGGCUUCUCUAGGGAUGGAGCUAGGUUUUGGAUAGCUGUUGGCUGAAACUUGAAAUGAAGUGGAGUUUUAGUGGGGAGGUAAGGCUAGCUGCCUUAGAUUAUCAAUUUUGAGCAUGUUCGCCUAAUUAAACUCAGAGGACUUGAAGGUUAGUAAGAAAAUACUAGGUAACUGAGGAACUUCCAGAGAUAGCUGCAGAGAAUAGAUGGGUCAAACCCCACUCUAGUGAAAUCUCCACAUACAUAAGAUGUUAUUUGUGUGUUUUAUAGCAUGGAUGCUAGAAUUUUGCUGGCAACACCUUGCUGCAAUCUAUUUGCAUGUGAUUUUAAUUCCUUCUCUUGCCAGUUUAAAUUAUAUUCCCUGUUAUCAUUGCAGGUAUUGUAGAGUUUCAGGGUUUUUUUUGGCAACUCAGUUAUAUAUCUCUAUGAGUGCUAUUUCCAUAGCAGUUUUAGGAGAUUAGUAAUGAAUAAUGUAUGUCUUUAUUCUGCUUUUUCUUUUCACUUCGUUAAAAUAAACUCUCUGUUUUCAGUUUGUUUUAUUCUACUCUGUCAAUCCUGAAAACUGCUGAACUGUGGAACUGCAGGGUCAGACUUUGGUGCUACUUAUGAUGAUUUAAAUAAUAGUACUGAUAAAUUAAAUUUGAUUGUAUAUCUGUAUUGGUGUCAAUGGGAAUGACGCCUGGUCCUCAGAGAUUGGUUUGCUUUGAUUAAAAGUGAUUUACCAAUGGUGGCAGUCUCAAUUUUGGAGACUUAAAGAUAAUGAGUGAAUUGGCACAAUUUAGGGUUUCUUCAUCUUGUCUGUUCUGAGUAACUGCUGAGAGCUUAAAACCAGUCUGACUGGUAGUUUCUGUAUGGAGCAGAACUCACAACUUUACCUAAUAUGUUACCCAAAUCCAUUUUGACUGUUAUCCAUUAUCCCUAGAGCAAUUGGAGCCUUUUACAAGAUGCAAUAGAAAUGCACACAUAUGUGAGCUUCGCUGUUAUGAUUUUAUUAUGAAAUUGCAUUGUGUGAAUAUGUUCUUGCGGUUUCCUUAGUAUUCACAGAGCAGCCAUUCAGGUUCUGGCUGCUUCUCUUGCUUUGUUUCCUGUUAAUGAUGCUAAAUGCCUUGAGAAAUCUGCUUGGGGACCCUCCUUCCAUGUUCAACUGUUUAUUUGGGUUUUGAAAAAACAUCUCACACAAGUAUAUAGAGUACUUGGAUCAAAGUAUUGACUAUGUAGAGGAGACAAGGUGCCUUCUGACAUAGCACGCACUGUUUCAUUCAUUAAUGUUCAUUAACAUUCAUAUACUGUUUGGAGGUGUCAGAGGUGUUUGAAGUUUUCAAGGUACUUCAAGAAUGACCAUUCAAGCAAUUGUUUCAUCAAGAUUUACACAUAAGUGUCAUUGAGAUAGGUAGACUGACAAAUGGUCUACCAGUGAGACACCAUGCCCCGGUCUAGUAGAUUGAAUAUGUAGCCAGGAGAUGCAUGAUGAAAUAUUAGGUUUGUUGAAGUCAAUGGCCAAACUCCUAAUGAAAUCACUUGCCUGGAUUUCAGCCCUUCUCCCUCUGCCGCUAAUGUGAUACAUAACUGUGUUUUGCAUAGUUACAAGCUCUAUAAAUUGUGUGAAUAGCCAUGUUGGCAUGAAACUCAGGUAAUUUGAGGAAGACUAUCUAUACACAUUCAACAGAAACUUUAUGGUGACUCUUAUAUAACAAGAGCAGUAUUUGACUAAAUCUGUGAAUGCAAUAAAUUUAAAAUUAAUGUUAGCUAAGUUUUGAGCAGUCACUGCAUGAGUAAUGGUGAAUAAUGGAGAUAUACACAGAAGAUUUUUACUCUUGCUUUUUUAAUUAUAAAGCACUUGUAUGCAACUUAAAUAGUUAUACUUCUUAAAGGGAUAACUUCUUCAAUUAUUUCUGUAAAUUAUUUGAAAAGUGAAAUAAGGACAGCUCUGUACUGUAACCUAUAGCACUUUUAAAAAAGAUAUAUAAAGAUGUGGUUUUGAAAAUGCCAGAAUUUUCUUGCUUUUCCUCUUGCGUAACUUUAUUGAGCUGUGGUCAUAGGUACAUACAUACUGAGGGUGUAUUAGUUACUGAAACAAAUUCUUUUAAAUGUGAGUUUUUGUAAAGUUGUGCCUUCACUGAAGUGAAUCCAAUAGAAAGAUUCUAACUUACUUGGUUGAAGUCAGAAUUUCUUUUUCCAAAGGUUUGUAAAUGGUGAUAUAUAAAUUGGAAACCCUUCUUAGUUAUGCUAACAAAAAAACACCUAUUAUGGUUUUGAGUAAGGGAAAUAAUUUGCCCUUUAAUCUCCAGUAUAUCUUAAGGGAGAAGGUUUUGCACACUGUAUUUUUUGUUUAAACUAGAACAAAUCCUUUACGUAAAGACAGUAUCCAUUGCGCAGAUAACAACAAAGAAAAAAUUUGCUAUAGCUGAAGUUCACACAUGAGCACAGAAACGUUUCAAAAUUGUAUUCUUAAUAAUAAUUUUGCUCCAAGCAGAAAGGUACUUUAUCUCUUUCACUGCACAUUUCAGGAAGUAGGUCUCAACCUUUGCAGGCAAGCCAGAUGCAACUGCUUUCCAAGAAAGAUGUUGUUAAUUCCAUUAUGCCAAAUCACAAAAAAGGCUAUUUACAGGAGAAGUUAGAGUAAUCAUGAUCUUUUUGCAUAAUUAUAAAUCACUGUGGUUUUCUUUGCAUGGUUAAAAUUUCAAAUAGUAAUUAAGUAAUGUCCCAAAGCAAGUUUUGUGCAUUCCAAAGCUCUGUACACCUUUCUUCACAUUCCUGAAGCCAUUAUCUUGAGUGUAUAAUAAAUGAGAAGCAGAACUCUAGUGAUUUAGUUAGCUUUCUCAUUUUUUUAUGUGUUAGUUUUCAGAAAAGCUUUUAGUGACCUGAAAACAAAACCAGAAAAAAACAAAAGUGGAGAAAUUCUGUCCUUUCUUCACACUUCUGUGAGCAUUUCAGACACUUUGCACAAGUAUAGAAGCACGGGUGAACAUAGCUGUAUGCAUUCUGUUUGUCUUCGCUGGGUCAACAUUUGAAUCCAUAGCUUGCCUGAUCUCCUCAUUUAGGGCUGCAUAAGUGUCAUGGAUAGAAACUUUGAAAAAGUUCUCCUUUUCAGUAAUUCAAACAUGAUCAGGCUGUUGAAAAAUUGAAAAGGGGAUUUAUCUAAUUUUAAAAAAUGUGUGACCAUUUAUUUUGAAAAUACCUAACAAAAUAAAUGUCCAAUCCUAGACUAACUGAGAAUAUGAGAAAUAUGAGAAAUUGCAUGUAACCUUCAAGAAAAUCAAACAGUAAAGAGUAGAAAACAGGCAAAAAGAAGGAACAAAGAGCCCAAGUCUCUAAAACACCUAGAGUAGUGGGGAAUUGUCACUUUCAGAUUAUUAGAUUGAAUUUGAUUUUACCAGCUGUCAGCUCUAUUGUGUCCCGUGUGCUAAUAUCAGAAUUUUCCGUGUAGGGUGAGCAAGUGUCUUAAGUUAUCCAUUUCUUAUUUUGCAUGCUUAUCAUAGCUCCUCUGCCUCUUUCAGUCUAGGAAACUGAAAGGAAAAAUAAUUUUUCUUCUUUCAGAAACAAAGGUGGCGUGUAAAGCUCUUUUGUUUAUAGCAGUUAUGCUCUGUAUAUCAAGGCUCAGCGUAACUCUCGUACUACCUGAGUUAGAUGGAGUUUAGGAGGUUACAUUCCUCUUUUUGGAUUCUGUUGCUCAGCCAGAUACCUAGGGAUCUCCUAGUAGCUAGUUCAUUAUGGUUAUCUUGCUUUAUUGAAGACAGAAUAGCCAGACCCAAGAGACAAAAGCCAUGUCAGCUUGAGGAGGAGGGCAGAAUCAUGGGAAGUUUGAAGGCAGGUCAGAAUCACUUCAUUCCCUUCAUUCCUGUCUUAAGCUAUAUGUCUGAUUUUGUUCUUCUAGAGAGUGCAGAGUUGGACCCACAGCUGGUGAUUUAAACUGCUAUGACAUCAAGAUUGAAUUUGAGUGGCAACACAUCAGCACCAUGAAUGACUUAUGAAUAAAACAGAAAUUUUAAGGGACAUUUUAAGGGACAUUCACUUGGCUCAAGUGAAAAGUAGAGAAUAUUAUUUGUACAGAUGGAAACGUCCAUGCCCACUAAGGUGCAGUGUUGUCUUUGCUAAUCUCAGCUAUAUUUGUGUUUGAGUGUGAAUUUUCUCCUUUGCAAAGUGGUUCUCCUUCUAGUCAGUCUGUAAGUGAAGUCAUAAUCCCACAGCUGACAUCAUAGUCUGUAAUCAUGGAAAGUAUUGUGAUCUCGCAAAUACAGUCUCUGAAUGAUGGGAAAAUGAGCUGUAAAACAGGAAGUUGCUGUUUAAACUCAAACCAAUGGCAAUUAUCAGAAACAGAGAAAGCAAUAAGACAGUUCUGUAGGGCUAAACUGAUUUUUGGUGUAGUACUGCUGAAGGCACUUGAGUUACCCCAGGGAGGAACUUACCCCCUGCAUCUGGAAUGACUUGAUGGCAAGCAUAGAGAGGAAGUGAAUUUAUGCUCCAGUUAAAUACAUUGGAAAGUUUUCCCUUGUCUGAAAGCCUUUCUUUAUCUCUGAAUUUCCUGGCUUUUGUGGAUUUAUAUUAGAUCUUUAAUGUUAUUUCAAUGUAUUUUUUCUGGUGUUUGAUGUCUUUUGAGUUGUUUUUACAGAUAUGUAUUUAAUGAAAGUAAAAGCUGUUUUCUAUUAAGGAGUUUGCAAAGCUUUCAUGAGCAGUGAAUGGCUACCAAACGUAAGAUGUCUUUUUUGUUCAGAUUGGUGGCUGUUACUUGUGUGGCUGAAACAUUAAUUUCAAUAAGAAGAUCCAAGUAUCUCUUACAAGAACAUUUUAGCACCUCUUUUCCAAGGCUAAAUACUACUGCAAAUUUUACUUUUUUACCAAAGGAUUGCCUCAGCAACUCUAUAUGCAGUCUUAAAAUUAGUGAUCUGCAGUAUAAAUAGAACAUCAAUACAUUGUGCUUGUCAAACCUUGACAAAUAAUUAUUUGUAAGACACGUGGAAAAACUGAAUAAGUUACCUGUUUUACAUAUAUACAAGUUUCUCACCCUUACUCAGAAGAUAUCAGAAUUCCCUGUUCUAAGCCUGCUAGGGGCAGAGAUAAUGUACAGUCAGCCAUGGGGAGUGAAGCUUUUGAGGAUGCAAGUGAAUGAAGGGUGUUAUUUGUGCACAAGCCAAACUCCCAACAGAAACAGAAAUUGGUUCUCGCUUGGUCUCCCGAGUCUGUGGCAUUUCGCCAGUUGUGUCAUGGUGUAAAAGAACAAGGGGCAAGAGCCACAAGUUUCAACAAGGGGAAUUCCCAUGUAGCGAGGAAAAGAAAUCCACCACAGAAAGGGGUAAGCAGGGGACAUACUCUGUAGAGAGGCUGAGGAAUCUCCCUCCUUGAGGAAAGCUCAGGCCAACCUGAUCUGACUUCCAGUUUAGAAGUCAGCCUAGCUUUGAGUAGAAGGUUGGAUGAGAGAAGCAUCAGGCACCUUUCAAAACAAAAUUUAGAUGCUUUUAUGCUAUACCUGUCUAUGUAUUUGACCCUGUUGUAUCUCAAAUAUUUUAAUUUUAAUUUAAGGUAUACUUCCUUCUUCACCAGUAGUGAAAUGGCAGGUAUUUGAGCUUUGACUGCUUACAGGUUUUCUUUUGUGCCAGAUCAAUAGAGUUGCCCCAAUUUUGCUUUAACUGCCCAUCUCACUCAGUGCUAAGUCAAGGGAGGAGGACUAAGAACCUUAAUUUUGGAAAGUCUUGGUGAGAGCCAGAUGGCAUCCCAGUACUGUGUGUGCUCUUUGCUUCUGAGAGAAAGAGAGUUCUCCCUGUUAUAAAGUAGAUUUUUACCCCUCAUGCUGAGAAUCCACUGUUCAUUGUUUUUUUUCUUUAAACAAAGGUGAAAGGCAAUUUCAUCUGUGUUUCUGCUGUGUUACGUAGAAGAGCAGAACCAGGGGACAAAAAUCUGUCCAAUCUAUCUGUUUGUUUUGCGAGCGGUGAGGCAGGGCACAUGCCAGAAAGUUGUGCUCCUGGCACUCCUACUGGAGGUCUGUGAGGGGAAGAAGCUGGGGGCAGUACAUGGAUGGACUAUGAAAAUGGGAAAACAGCAUUGGUCUGUGCCUGUAGCAGGAUCAGCUAUAAAGGUACAAGACAACUUACACUAUUCUUGUUCCUCUACUGCCCUUGUUGAGGUGUCCCAUGUAUGUGCCAUGACAGGCUACACUUCUGUGUUGUGCAAGAGAGGGGCAGCUUGUCAUUGCCUGAGGGGAGUGUGAAUUGGCAUGGCUACACACCAAACUGCAGUGAUCCAGGAGCUGUCUGGGCAGCAAUCAAAGCACAGUUAGUUCUGGGAUCUCUGUUGCCUACAGCAGUUUAGGCCUGCAGAGGGGAAGUGCUCCCAUGUGCGUGUGCUGCAAAUCCCAUACUGAUAAUGCAUACAGCCACAACAUCUCCCCUCUGCUCUGACCUCACCUGCUACAGCUGACCCACGGAUCUGCCACUCCACUGCUGCAAAUGGCUGCUGCCAGACAGGGACAGGGAGGUUGCAGUGGUCAGUGAUCUGAUGGGAAAGGUCCUUGCUCGGCCCUACCAGGCAAAAGUUUCAGCUGAAAGAUUAUGCCUGUACUGCCAUGUUGAUCCUGCAACUGGCCAACUUGGCCAUAUCUUUGACUUACUGCACCCAUCUGACUUGCCAAAGAGAGAGAGCUCACCAGUCUCAGCAUUAGGGUGUUUCGUGGCAAAGGUGUGUGGGCACCAGUUGCUCUGAUGGAUGUUGCAGUAGGUAGGCACCAAGAGGAGUCAGUUUUAAUUUGGUCUGAAGUCCAUCAAGUAGCUUAUUUUUAACACUUGGCCAAAUGCAUUGUUUUCCAGAGGAAAACAUGAUCCAUCCAUAGAUUAGCCACAGAAUACUUGUUUUGUUUUCUUUUUAGAAAGAGAGAGAAGCAUAAGGUUCACAGUAGUUUGAAAGUAAGGUCCUGUGUUCUACAUCUUAUCAAAAUGUAGCAAAUAUAUUCCUAGCCAGUAGGUUUUUUGAAUGUUGCCCCUGGACCAAAAGUCAUGAAGGAAAAUUUUUCUUUCCCUGGUCUGUGUCAGCACUGUGUGAACAUAUGCCAUAGAUCAGGUCUGGAGGAAAGUUUUUGUUUUCUUUUUUUUUUU